AGAUCUACCGGUUGUGGUUCUCACCGCGGCACAGGUGGUAACGCGAACGUGCGAGCUUUUGAGUUUUGUUAUCGGCACUGCCGCACAGGUACAGGGAGUCGUAAACUGAGCGCUGACCUGAACUAGCAUAAUGGCGGAGGGGCAAUCUUCUGCCAUGGCCCAAUCGGGCGCGAGUAUGGCUAGAGCUGCAGAGGUCCGCGAGAAUUGCUUAAAGCCGGGCGAGGACGAGCGAGUGACAGUGGCCGAGCCAUCCGCUGAAACGGCCAGUCCCUUUCAUUCCAUAUUGGCUCUGGAGGUUGGCUGCGGCCGUUGCGACAAAGCACAGCCUCUGCCGCAAGUUUAUCAAGGAACGUGCUUCCUACUCCGCGAUCUGAACUGUGCAGCGAACAAAGAGUACAUCAUCUUCGCCACUGCCGCACAUAAUCUGGUCUGCAACGAUUGCGGCGACUGGCUCUGGGUACGAAUCUACAAAGAUCUCUCCGCGCCUCCCCUGACCAGGGGAAAGAUAUCCCGCAAGAACGAUUAUGGUGGGUUGAUCGUUCCUACCUGGUACGAGAACAACGCCAAGGAUCCGGAGAAGACUAACGAGCUAUUUCUACACGACUAUGGGAUAAUAGCGGUCAAGACGAGCGAAGAAUGUCCGUUGGUGAGAUGGGCAGAUAAAAAGCUUCUUGGCGUUGCGACCCAGUGCAAGAAGACGGAGGAUGACGUCCGCAUGUGCGGAUAUCCAUCGCACACCUACUAUGGUGAUAAAGAAGAGACGGCCAAGAAAUGCAAAUACUGGGUUGACAAGCCUCGCCCUGCUGCGUUUGCAGAGCACGACCAUCAGCUUCACCACUUGGUCGAUUCUACCCCUGGGCAAAGUGGCUCACCCGUCUUCCUUCUGCCCAAAGAAGGCGAAGCUGAGACGGCCUCUGCUACUGGCUAUGUUGUAGGGAUUCACGUCGCCGGUGGUACUAAGCAUAAUUACGCUGUGAAGAUGCGGGACGAGCAUGGACACGACACAAAGCCAAUGGCGGACCUCCGAGAAUGGGCGAAGAAUCCAUCGGCAUUCUUACCAGAAGAAAGCGUUGCAGUUGUUUGUUCCGAGAAAUCAGUCAAGCCCGGGGUCAGACGGUCGGAACAGAAGGGUUUGCAUGGACGUCGACUGCAUCAACAGCAGUCAGUGAUGAAGAAGUACCUGCAUCAAAUAGUGGACAAGUAUGAACUCGGGAAUAAAAUUGGAAAACACAUGUCAAAUGACCAUUGCGGUAAACUGGCAAAGAUGUGUGUGAAAAAACGCGAGAAACAGUAUGUCGAUACCUAUGAGAUUGUCGUACAGCGCUUCAUUAAAGUUCAUGCGAAAGGAGACGCAGACGUCACUAACAUACCCGGCGUUAUCUUCUACCUGAUAGCUGGCGAUUAUCAACCAACAUGUCAGGACUUUCGUAAUCUGAUCAAGGAUGCCGGUGGCGAAGCGCUUGCUGUAAAAGUGGAGGAAAUCAUCAAAGAGUUGAAGCCUGAGGACUGGCAGAAAGCCUGAUGACUGGCAGUAGGACAUGGUGGUCAUGGCAACUGAUAGAGUGAUCUGUUUCUCACACACAUCCGCACACAACCACAGCUUUUUUUCUUUUCUUUCUAAAGAACUAUUUUCUCCUACUUCUCCUACUUCCAUGUACAUACGAUUACUUUUAAAUGAUUCACCUCCCACCUUAGCUUAGUUAGGAGCUGCAUCUGUGCCUUGAUCCGAGAGGGUGCUGGCGUUCCUGCGGAUGUGGAAAACUGGGCCUUUGGCCGAGUCUCAAGCGAACCGUGAACAUUUUUUUCACCAGAUACUGUUUUCGCCUAGUACAUUUUCAAAGAUAAUUAUAGUUUUUUACGCCAUAGUUCACCAUGAGAAUGCUGGAUUUCCCCGCGUGCCCGUUGUUCCAUGCACAGUACCCAUGUUUAGAGUCUAGAUAGAUUGUCUGAGUUGUGCUGAAUUGUCAUUCAAUUUCUUUUUAUUCUCAAAAACAUAUCUCUACAUAGUCUAUCUUGGUGACUUAGAACCUCGCUUUAGGUCCGUAUUUGCCAACGUGUCUAGUACUUCGAAGUACGUCUUUGAGCUUAGACCCUACUGGUAAAGCAGCGCACUAGUCCGACGUCAUCAUGUCGAAUAGCGGAACAUUUUUUUUAAUUCUUUUCCGGUUGAACCGGUGUGCUCAUAGCAUUAUCAGGUUCUGCGCGGCCUCCUUUCUGCCUAUCCCGGGGACUUGAAGUUCUCAGUCCUCUUUGGCUACCCUUUUUCUCAUUUUACGAUGCAUUUUCAAAGCCCAGCUUCUUUAAUUUCUUCUUAACUGCAAUUUUCACAGCAGACAUUUUCACAAAUAAUUGCUGUUGCCGGUUGAACCGGUUUGCGUAAUCACAUUCUGCUCGUCUUUUAUUCCUGCAUUUGAUUUUCAUUUUUACUGUCUCUUUGCCUUUCGUACAACAUGUAUCUUCAACUUUAGCACCUUCUAUUUUCAUUUUUCAAGGCACCGCAAUUUCCAAAGCAGCCAUUUACGUAAAUGAUUUUUAUACUUUUCUAAAGCACUGGCACAUGGUAUCUUUGAAAUGCAAAUCUCGCUCUAGUCUAUAGCCGUGUCCGGCAAAUCCUAGGAUUUUUUGAAUUUUUUCCAAUAAUCAUGA